AUGUUGAACGAAGAAAACAUACAAAUCGAACUGGUAAAAUUAGAAAAUAAAAUAACAAAAAAUGAAACCAAUUUUGAAAAAAAAAAAAGAAAAAAAAAAACAGUUCAAUUUUCUGACAAGAAUGAAACUAUAUAUUAUGAAAAAGACGAAAAUGAAAAUAGUUAUUUUAAUUUUUCCAUAAAUAACUUUAACUAUUUUGAAUGUUUUUAUAAUGACAUGUAUAAUAACGAGUUUGGUGAUAAGGGAUUUAAAAAUGAUCAUUCUUUUGUAAAUGAAGGGGAUGACAAAGAGUUCAAUUAUAAUUGCAUUGAUAUUUUUAAAAUAAACGAUUCGACAGAUGCAAUUCCAAAGAAGGAUGCGAAACAUAAAAGCAUGUUAAAAGAUAGCGUAUCCAUGGGAAUUGGUAAUGUGGUUAGAAGAACUUAUGUUCCAAUGAAUAAUGCAGAAGAGGAGGAACAGCUGCAGGUGGAUGAGGGAGUUGAUUACUCCCUUGGUCAAACAUACAGGGAAUCAAAAAAUGGUGCUUGUUCAUAUCGAAACAAAAAGUGUGAACACUCCACAGGACAAGGGCAACGAUUUAGUCAUUCCUUUAAUGAAGACUCUUCAUUCGAAGUAAAUGAUGUACAUGCAGCUAUUUUAAACGCUGAGGAAAAAACAAUAAAUUACAGUGAAGAUUACUUUGGUUACAAUAUUGAACCAUUUAAUAUGAAAAAUGAACUGAAAGAAGGGUACAUUGAUAAAAAUGGAAAUUAUGUGUAUAAUGAUAUGGGUCAUGAUGAUACUGAGGAGGCUUGGUUAAAAUCAGUUGAUGAAGAAGAUCCAUUUACCACUUUUGCAAAUAAAAAAAUAAAAGCAAAGAUACACAAUGAAACUGUGUCCAAAAUUCUUCACAAGAAUAAUGAUAAUGAGAAUAACAAUGCAUUCAGUAUUAAUAUUUAUGAUGCAUUAUACUGCUUGUCUUGUCUACUCUCUGAUAAAGAAACUCCCAUAAAAGCCAUGAUCAGAUACAAGAAAGAUUUAAAAUUGUGUAAGACUUACUUAAAUGAAUGCAAACUCAAGUUAGACACAUUUAACGCAUUUUAUAUGCCUCGUAUGAUUAAGCCAUCUCCGAAUUGUGUGAAUAUGCACACAUGUUGCAAGCAUGCCCAUUCGCAUAAUUGUCAAAAUGAUAGAAAAAAAAACGAGAACAAUUCUGUAUGCACUGCAUGCAAUAAUAAGGGAAACCACUUGGAGGUGAAUUUGAAGAGACCAGAAUGUUCUCCAAAGAAACAGAAAAAGGCCAACCCGUCAAUAUGUGAAAUAGGAAGAAAUAAAAAGACAAUAAAUGAAGAGACAAUAAAUGAAGAAGCAAAAAAUGAAGAAGUAAAAAAUGAAGAAGUAAAAAAUGAAGAAGCAAAAAAUGAAGAAGUAAAAAAUGAAGCGGAAAAAAAUGAAGAAGUAAAGAAUGAAGAAGUAAAAAAUGAAGAAGUAAAAAAUGAAGAAGUAAAAAAUGAAGCGGAAAAAAAUGAAGAAGUAAAAAAUGAAGCGGAAAAAAAUGAAGAAGUAAAGAAUGAAGAAGUAAAAAAUGAAGCGGAAAAAAAUGAACUUACCAAAUGCCAAUUGUUAAAAGAUGAAGAACUCCAAUGUGCUGAGAAAAACAUGAAAGUGGAGAAGCAGACAGAUAAGAGCGAGAUAUUGCUAAAUGAAAAAAUCACUACGCACGAACAGGGGAAAUCUCCACUGGAAGGAAAAUCAAUGGUAGAGAAAGAUGUCGAUGCACAUGAGGGAGAAAACAAUAAUGAAGGAGGUGACAGAGGAGGGAGUGCUGAAAGUACGGAAAAUGGAUUUAUUGAAUAUGAACGACCAUAUGAAUUGCAUCAAUUAGAAGAAAUUUACCAAAAAAUAAUUCUUGAUUACAAAACAAUGGAACGGAGAUUUAACAACAUAAUAGAAUUAACGCAAAAAUUGUCAAAUGAAUUUAAGAACGUAUAUUUUUUAACAAAGAAUGAAUUUGAAAGUUUGUGCAAAAAUCUAGAACAGUACAAAGAGGAGAAUGUAGAAAUAUUAUGGCAGUUAAAGUGGAAUAAUGACGCUAACAAUAAUAUAUAUGGCCCAUAUAAUUACUAUGAUAUAUAUAAUUUAAUAUCUGUUGGAACUGUAUCAGCAGAAAACCCAAUAAUGUUAAGGAGGAUAAAUAAAGAAAAUAAGGUUUUAGAAAAUAUAUGGCAAAUGUAUGAUGCUGUUAACUAUUUAAUAUUUGUUACUAACGAAAGUGUUAAGAAAAAGAGGAAGUUAUGUGAAAAUAACCAAGAACAUGAAGAAUAUGAAGGUGAUGUUGUGAAUAAUUUUGAGGAUGACAGUUAUGACAUAAGGAAGAAGAAACGAAAGAAGAAGGGUCUAAUUCAAAUAUCAAAAAGCAAGGAAAAUUUGUUGGACAACCAGGAUGAUUCAGACAAUGAAGAGGAUAAUUUUGAACAUUAUGAUUAA